AUGAAGCGAAGGAGUGGCGAAUUCGAGAGAAUCACGGGAGCAAAGGAGCAGAGCGAGCAGCCGAGAAACAAGAGAACGGCGACGACGGUUGGUGGUGGAGAGGGUGGGGCACAAGACGAGGGGAGCGAGAGUGGCGGUGGGGAGGACAAGGCAGAAAUCACGUGCCUUCCACUCGGCGCGGGGCAGGAUGUGGGGAAGAGCUGUGUGGUGGUGCUGGUGGGCGGCAGGGCGGUGAUGUUCGACUGUGGCAUGCACAUGGGCUACCAGGAUGCGCGCCGCUUCCCCGCCUUCCCCCGCCUCCGCGCGUUCAGCCACGGGCAGCAGCAGUGGCAGAGGCAUGAAGGAGAGCAUGUGGACUACACGGGGAUCAUUGAUUGUGUCAUCGUCACCCACUUUCAUCUGGACCACUGCGGAGCGCUGCCGUAUUUCACGCAAGUGUGCGGCUACCAGGGGCCCGUUUACAUGACGUACCCCACCAAGGCGUUGGCACCCCUGAUGCUGGAGGACUAUCGGCGCGUGGCAGUGGAGAGGAGGGGCGAGGGCGAGGAGGGGCUGUUCUCCAGUGCGGAUAUCACUGCGGCCGUGGGCCGAGCCAUCCCGGUAGACAUCCAUCAGACCAUUCAAGUGAACGAGCACAUCACCAUCACUCCCUACUAUGCCGGCCAUGUCCUGGGAGCGGCCAUGUUCCACGUGCAAGCGAGCAACGGCGCGUCCGUGCUCUACACAGGUGAUUUCAACAUGGCACCUGACAGGCACCUGGGAGCAGCCAGGGUGGAUCCUCGCCUUCGACCCGACCUCAUGAUCUCCGAGUCCACCUACGCAACAACCAUCAGGGAGUCCCGGCGGAGUCGAGAGGCAGACUUCCUCUCACGCGUGCACGCGUGUGUGGCAGCAGGGGGCAAGGUGCUCAUCCCUGUGUUCGCCAUGGGGCGAGCGCAGGAGCUGUGUGUGUUGCUGGACGAGUACUGGCACCGCAUGGGCCUCACUUUCCCCAUCUACCUCAGUGCUGGCCUGACCUCCCAGGCCACGGUGUUCUACAAGACUCUGCUGACGUGGACCAAUCAACACAUCCAGUCAGCCCAUGCCAACCGCAACAUCUUUGACUUCCGCCAUGUGCGGCCAUUCGACCGUGCCCUACUGGACGCCCCGUCACCCAUGGUGUUGUUCGCCACGCCCGGCAUGCUCUCAGGGGGUCUCUCCCUUCAGGCCUUCAAGGCCUGGGCGCCACACCCCCGCAACCUGCUCGUGCUGCCAGGAUGCGUCUCAGUGGAGGCCGCUGCAGCCUCACCACCUCAGUGGAAAGUGUUUACCUUCUCGCUCCUCUCUCCCCCCUCCCUUCUGCCGCCCGCGGCUCCCCCUCUGCCGCCUAGGUUCUGCAUGGCCGGCACGGUGGGCGGCAAGAUCAUGGCCAUGGCCUCCACCAAUGCUGCUGCUGCUAGCGGGGGUGGGGGUGGGGAUGGAGGGGAUGGAGGAAGAGAAGGGGGAGGGGGAGGCGGAGGGAGGGUAGCCGUCGACCAGAGCACGCAAGUGGCGGUCAACUGUCAGGUGCAUGUGCUCUCAUUCUCCCCACACACCGAUGCCAAGGGCAUCACCGACCUUAUCCGCCACCUGGCGCCGCGCCACGUCAUCCUGGUGCAUGGCGAGCGUGCCAAGAUGGCGCAGCUACGGGACAAAAUUGCCGACCAGAUGGGCAUUCCAUGCUUUACCCCGGCCAAUCAUGAGACAGUUAGGGUGCCGGGGACGGUCACUCAGAAUGUUGCAGUUCCGCGUGCAAUGAUGGUGGCUGAUGGUUUGACGGGGAAUGGGACGAUGGGGAGUGGAGGAGGGGAGGAAGAACCGGGGGAAGGAGUUAGGUCCCUGUUGGAGUCCUCACGCAAGUUCUACGAAGCGAAGCACUCUUUAGCGCAGCACGGCGUGCGGGUGGACGGCGUGUCGGUAGAUCUAGCGGCGAUGAUGGCGCUUAAAGCGGACGCCAUAGAAAGCCUGACGUCGGGCGUCGAGCGCAUGUUCGAGCAGCACCGAGUUAACUACGUCAAGGGCGCGGGCCGCAUCACAGGCACGCACGAGGUCACCGUGAGCCUGUUAGACGCGCACGGGCAGGUCGGGCAGGCGAAAAAAGUCCUCUCGGCGAAGAAUAUCAUCAUCGCGACGGGGUCGGACAUUCGGCAGGUGCCUGGGGUCCCGAUCGACGAGAAAAAAAUCGUUUCGUCGACUGGCGCGAUGUGCCUUGAGAAGGUUCCGGAAAAGAUGCUGGUGGUGGGCGGCGGGGUGAUCGGACUCGAAAUGGGGUCCGUAUGGAGUCGCCUGGGCGCAGACGUGACUAUACUGGAAUUCGCGGAUGGCAUUGGCGGGUACAUGGAUAACGAGAUUCGGCAGGCGUACCACCAGAUUCUCGAAUCCCAAGGGCUGAAAUUCCUCCUGGGAACCAAGGUGGUGCGUGGGGACGCUUCGGAGGAAGGCGUGGUACUGCAGGUAGCGCCGGCGAAAGGAGAGGGCGAGACGCGGGAGGUUCACGCUGACGUGGUGAUGGUGGCGGCAGGGCGCGUGCCUUGCACGAACGGGCUAGGGUUAGAUGAGGUGGGGGUGAAACGAGACAUGAACGGACGGAUAUUCGUGGAUAGCCAUUUCAGGAGCACGCGGCCUACUGUGUAUGCUAUCGGGGAUGUUAUUCCGGGACCCAUGCUGGCGCAUAAGGCGGAGGAGGAUGCAAUUGCGUGUGUGGAAAACAUCAUGAACGGGCACGGGCAGGUGAAUUAUGCGACGGUGCCCGGGAUUAUUUACACGCACCCGGAAGUGGCGAUGCUGGGUAUGACCGAGGAGGAGCUGCAGGCGACGGGGAUGGAGUACACGGUGGGUAAAUUCCCCUUUAAAGCGAACAGCCGGGCGCGGGCGAUGGGGGAGGUGGAGGGGUUUGUGAAGAUUCUAGCGGAUAAGGAGACGGAUCUAGUGCUGGGCGCGCAUAUACUGGGGCCGAGCGCGGGAGAGCUGAUCAUGGAGUGUGUCUUGGCCAUGGAGCAUGGUGCCACGACGCUGGAUUUAGCCCGCACGUGCCAUGCACACCCCACGCUGACGGAAGCUGUGAAAGAGGCUACUUUGGCCGCCCAUGGGAAGCCCAUUCACUCGGAUAAAAAGGGGUUGGAGGUUGGUGCGGCAGAGAGGGUGGGUUUGGGAGACAGGAAGAGUGGUGCAGGUGGAGUGAGGGUGGGGAGAAGCGGAUUGGAGGUGACGCAUGCAUUGGAGCAGGGGUGGAUAACCGCCCUGACAGAUGCUUGA